UGCUCCUCACACUUUUUUACAGUAUCCACAUGCCUGUAUAGUUAAUAAUUCACAGGAAACCUAUUUAAGUGCAAUUACAUGAAGGCAGAAAGAGAUAGCCUCCAUGUCAUCUUUUUUGACUCUGUGUGUGUGGUUGCAACACACCAGGUCACCUCCUGGCUGCAACCCUCCUGCAGGGCAAUGGGCCAGUCUGCAUGUUUCCUCCCACUAUUUUCCACUGAGCGACAAGGCUGCACAUUGUGCUCAGACCAGCCAGCAGGCAGCCAGCAGCCAGCAGAGGUUACACAGGCGUUUCUCUCCACCUCCUCUAAAGGUAGGCAGUCCUCUGCAUCUCUUUCAUUCAUCCGCUUUCUACACUUCUCUCUCUCUCUAUCUAUAUCUAACUAACCGGACGACUGGAGGGACUUCAUGGUGACAAAUGGAGACCUUCAAUCAUAGACUGAACACUUACUUAGAGUCAUGGAUGGGUCCCAGAGAUCAGAGGGUCCGGGGAUGGCUCCUGCUGGACAACUACCCUCCAACCUUUGCACUCACAAUCAUGUACCUUCUCAUCGUGUGGAUGGGGCCCAAGUACAUGAAACACAGGCAGCCGUACUCCUGCAGAGGCCUCCUGGUGCUCUACAAUCUGGGCCUCACACUCUUGUCCUUCUACAUGUUCUAUGAGCUUGUUUCCGCUGUGAGGCACGGUGGCUACAACUUCUACUGCCAGGACACUCACAGUGCACAGGAAGUGGAUAAUAAAAUCAUGAAUGUCCUGUGGUGGUACUACUUCUCCAAGCUCAUCGAGUUCAUGGACACAUUUUUCUUCAUAGUACGAAAGAAUAACCACCAGAUCACGUUUCUUCACAUCUACCAUCACGCCAGCAUGCUGAAUAUCUGGUGGUUCGUUAUGAACUGGGUACCCUGCGGCCAUUCGUACUUCGGCGCCUCCCUAAACAGCUUCGUCCACGUCGUGAUGUAUUCUUACUACGGCCUGUCGGCCAUCCCAGCCAUCCGGCCGUACCUCUGGUGGAAGAAGUACAUCACACAGUUCCAGCUGAUCCAGUUCUUUUUAACCAUGUUCCAGACGAUGUGUGCGGUCGUAUGGCCGUGUGGCUUCCCCAAGGGAUGGCUGUCCUUUCAAAUAAGCUACAUGGUCACGCUCAUUUUCCUUUUCUCAAACUUCUACAUUCAGGCUUACAAGAAGCACAGUGGUUCUCUAAAGAAGGAGCACCAAAACGGCUCUCCUAUAUCAACAAAUGGACAUGCAAAUGGGACGCCAUCUAUGGAGCGCACCGCGUACCAGAAACUGAGGAUGGAUUGACAUUUGAGAAAAAAAACCGCCACCUGAUUCUCACUGUAGCGUGUUAGCUAAUGCUGCUAGGAGGUAUAUGUAUCUUCUGAUCUUUUAGAAUAGUUUAGCGCUCACUUGAGAUGAAAUAAGCCAUAGCCACAUACUGUAUACAUCCAGAGACUUUCCAUGGUUUUUUGCACACGUUCCUACUCAUGGUACUGAAUUAUUAAUAGAAGAGUAUUGUAGUAUGGUUGCACAAUAUUGCCUCGCCCGUUCCUCUGGAAGAAAUUCACUCCAAAGCAAAAAAAUCUCUUUCUGCUACCAGCAAACACAUUUUUAACUCAUUCAUUGAUGCUUUACACACAAAAAGGUCCAAAGAUGACGGCUCCAGUGAGUGUGUUGGCAGCUGAAGGUUUCAUCACACUCAAUGACGUCUCUGAUUCAACAAUUAAUAUAACACAGUGCUUACUAUGGUCCUUAAUGUGUAACUAGAGCAUGCUUCUUGUGUCUUGCUUUAUCUCACUCCUGCCUGUGCUGUUGCAUAAUCCUACAAUUUGCCCUGUAGUGCAUUUUUAUUUACAGGUUGGAACAGCAGAUGUUUUGCUGUACAUGGCCUAUAUUUGCAGAGCAGGCUGUCGAAUUAGGAAUAUUUAGCCAUCUAACCAAAGAAUAACCAAAGCAUAGAACAGAGCAUUUGCUAGGAUUCACGUUUAAACCAGUUUAAGACACAAUGUUAGAGGGCAGUUGUUGUGUUUUAUGAGCACAAUAUAAACUCAAUUCUCCUUACCAUCCCCAACAUUAUAAAAAUCGGGUUGUCUCAUCUCACACUGUGCUAUAAUAUCCACUAUAGCUUUAUCCAGUAAAUGCAAUUAGAACUUUAAAUUCAUUUAAAUUAAUUAAAUAAGUGCAGCUUUUUAUUGGUAAGUAUUUAGGUAUCAAGUGAAUAUUUUAUCAUACUAUAUAAUUCAAUGCUAAACACUCAAGUAUAGGUUAUAUUCUGAUAAACUUUACCAUAUAGUCAUUAUUGACCUUGGAAACAGCUGUUGAAAAAAGAAUAUCAUCACAAAGUCCAUUUAGUAGUAAACGCUCCAGAGCUUUUGAUUGUCACAUGAUCUGGGCUUCGUCCGAAAUCACAUACUGUGCACCACAUACCCAAUAUGUGUACUAUUGUUUAACAUACUUUGGUGUGAAUAAACUGGAGUAUGUGUCUUUUUGGACGCACUGAGGGGUAAUUUACAUCGUCACUUCCUGAGAGCAGGUUGGAGACGCGUAACCAUGGUAGCCUCUUGUGACCAAAACGACAAUUUGUGAGAAACAAAGUCUGAACUUCUUUAAAAAAUAUAUUACGCCUAGCAAAGUGAAAUCUUAUACUUACAGUUAAAUUGAAGCAAUAUUGAUGUUACAGAGCUGUCUUUCAACGUCUGUUAUGAACGUUGUCAUCCCUAUUGCAUUGUGGGAUAUUUAUGCCGCCGUAGUGUCCAGCGUUGCAUACUGUAAUAUUUCACUGGAAACAGUAUGCAAUUCAUGUGCUAUUGGUUUCAUACUAAGAGUUCAGACAUACUAAAAAAUGUCACACUGUUUUAGCGUAAUAAGUUGCACAUUGGUAUUUGGGAAUUUUGGACGCAACUAUUGAUUUUUUGCCCAGUUGUUGUGAGAAGUCCUUAAAAUGUCCAUAAAAAAAUGGAAAUGUAAACAUCUACAAUUCCAUGGCAACUGGGUAAACUCCAUCUAAUGAAGUAGAUCAUGAGAUAUGAUCAAAAGCUCCAGAACAGCUACUAAAUGGACCUUGAGAUGGAAUUGUCUUGUCAAAUAAUACAUAGGUUUUUUUUUUUUCAUAAAUAGGGUGCCUUCUGGACCAGUUUAUUUGGUUUCUAAUGUAGAUUUGUAUUGUACAGUCUUUUCAAUAUGCUAUCACCAGAUUCAUGUUGGUCUAUUUUAGACUAACUUCCAGCUCAAAUCCUGUGCCUGAUAUUUCUGUUUUUGAAAAUAUCAAAUGUCCUACACUAUCGUUCCUAAAAACUGACACAUACUAAAUGCAACAGUGAUAUUUAUCUUAUAUUAAAGGAAUAGUUGGGAGAUAUGUUUGUACACUUUGUUGCUGAGAGCCUUAUAUUUAGUGUAAAAAUACAAGAGUGGAAUCAAUCUCCCCAUCUGGCUCUCGACAAAUAAGCAAACAAGCAUAUUUCCCAACUAUUCCUUAAACAUUUUCCAAAACCUGUUUCUCAUUUUAUCAUAUUAACAUGUCUUUUAAAGUGAAAACAAAAAGUGAUUACAUGAAAAUUAACUCUUAAUUUUUUUGGUGGAGAAAGGAGGUUGUAGUGAUUGAACUAUUUAUUCCUUAUGUUUGUUUUUUGCUGUCUUUUAACCUAAACGAUGCAGGGGACUACACAGUAAAUGCUGGUAUAGAAAACAAAAGGAUGUUUGAAUGAUGAACUGUGUAAAUCUGAUACCGUCACAGUGGAGCACUGCUGUGCUGCUCUACCAUGCUGAAUCAAUUUAAUGAGGUACUGUGAUGGCCUUAACCACUGAAUGAGCACGACAUGUUGCUCAAAUGUAUAGGUGAUCUACAUCCACGUUCACUGCAUCAGAAAAUAUUGUUGAAUUCUGAAUAAUACAUGCAAUGGCCACGUUGUGUCUGCAUGAUUUAUCUGAUCCGCAGACAUCUGCUGAUAACGGGAAAACCCGUUUAACAUGCAUGAGCCAUAUCUACUCAGAGGUUGAAUUAUUAUUAUUAUUAAAUUAUUUCCAGCUACAUGCCAUGCCUGUUACAGAUCCUCCUUUGUACAAGGUGAUAGCGCUGAAGGUAACAGGGUUUAUAUAUAUUUAAGGGCUGGAUUAGCAUUACAUGACAUCCUAGCUUGUAAAGGCCAAGGGAGCAUAUAGGUAUGUAAUGAGAUAUUACAUACAUUUUUCUAGACUGUUAAAUAUAAAUAUAUAUAUAUACAUGCAGUAUAUUUUCUGAAAUCUAGGGUAAAUCUGGGUUAACAUGUUUGUGACUCAUGCUUUACUCGCUGCAACACAUUAAAAACAAACUGAGAUUGUAAACCUACUUGUUUUCCUUCCUUGAAAAUGAUGUAAAUGCUUCAAAUAAUGUAGCUUGUAGACAAAGAAUAUCUGUACAGCAACAGAGUUGUGAGUUCAUUGAGCCUUAGAAUUCUUUUUUAAAAUUUAAAAUUCUAUUUAAUGUGUGUACAAUAUUAAUAAUAUAUUGAAUUUUAAUGAAUAUGUUAUAAAGACAGCUGGCUGGCUCUUAUAAACAAGCUAUACUAUAACAGCAACUCUGCUUUAUCAAAGUAAUGUAGACUAAUUUAGAGGAGCGUAUUGAAUGAAAUAGCCUAUUUUAGAAAAUUAUAGUAAAGAUUUGAGAGGUAGGAAGACUUUGAGGUGAAUAGAAAUGAUAAACCUUCACCUCAUUUGCAAAAAACUGUUUAUUUUCACCUUACUGUGUGUAUUACUCUACUGCAACUUAUUUACAGAUGGCGCUACGUAAUGGGAAACAUGGGUUUGGGUUUGUAAAGCCCAUUCCCUCUUUCUUUUUCUCAGGUGAUGAGAUGUCUUAAUAAAUAUUAAGAGUUUAUAUAGAAACGUAAGGUUGUUUUAUUCUUUUUUUUUUAAUUACCAAAUGUUGUUGGCAAUAAACAAAUCAGAUAUAAUAUAAGGUCUCCUGUAGUGAAGGAAAAGAGUAGAACAAGAUAGAUCCUUUCCAAAUUGAAUAGAUAGAUAGACAGCAGCUUUGUAGUUCGACUUAAAAUGACACAUAAACUGGUUGAAUAAAGACUGUUCUGUCUCCUU